GAUAGGAGCAACCUUCUUGUUUCUCUCUGGUUCCUAUGCCAACACAUCAUCAUCAGUUCAUCACUCAAGCAUCUCAACCUCAUCUUCAUCCCUCUCCUGCCGAAGCCCCUUCUUCUCAUUCUUCAACGCAAUCUCCCAAAUGUCCACCGCCAGAAUUCAACCCACGGCAUGUGCUCUCUCCUCCACUAUCAAAAAAGGCCUCCGCCUCGGCCCCCACCCUUCCCUUUCUACCCCCUGUUUCAACCAUUGCGCCAUCCGUGGCCGUGGAACGCUCCGGAAGGCCCUUAGGGUAUCUAUGUCUUCUGCUCCCUCGUCCAGCCCUCUUGAGAUUUGCGUCAAAGCUUCUAUUACCACUCCCACCAAGCUUGGCGACUGCCCCUUUUGCCAAAGAGUUCUGCUGACAUUGGAGGAAAAACAUCUAACUUAUGACAUGAAGUUGGUGGAUCUGAAACACAAGCCUGAAUGGUUCUUAAAAAUUAACCCAGAGGGUAGAGUUCCUGUGGUAAAACUCGAUGAGAAGUGGGUUGCUGAUUCAGAUGUUAUCACACAAGCAUUGGAAGAGAAGUUUCCUAGCCCACCAUUGGGAACCCCACAUGAAAAGGCAUCAGUUGGCUCAAAGAUCUUUUCUGCAUUCAUUGGGUUUCUCAAGAGCAAACAUCCAAAUGAUGGAACAGAGCUGGCCUUAUUAAAUGAGCUGAACUCUUUGAAUGAUUACCUCAAGGAAAAUGGCCCUUUCAUCAAUGGGAAAGACAUAUCUGCCGCAGACUUAUCCCUUGGACCAAAGCUAUACCAUAUGGAGAUAGCUUUGGGGCAUUAUAAGAAAUGGACAGUUCCUGAUUCACUUCCCUCUGUGAAGUCUUAUAUGAAGGUUAUUUUCUCGAGGGACUCAUUCAUCAAAACACGUGCACAACCGCAGGAUGUCAUUGAAGGUUGGCGUCCAAAAGUUGAGGGUUGAACUGCUGAUGCUGGUCUAUCAUCUUCAUGAGGGUCUCUGGUCUUUACCUGAUUCUACUGAACCACGCACACUAAGAUUCCACACGUAGCUCAGUGUCCAUUUCGUUUUGUACUAUAAUUUUGAGAAUCACAAUGGGCUGUUAUUAAGAUAUAUGUACAAUUUUAACAAUUCUAGGCUAGAAAAUGAGGUGAUGCCCAGGGGGUCUUGAUUUUCCAGGACCAGGAGCAGCAGGAGAACCGCUUGAGAAAUAACAUUUACGUAGUCAUUAAAGUGUAAGAAAAGCUGAUGCACUUUGUUGGUGGGAAUUGUCAAUUUUUCAGAAAAUUUGAUAUUUCACUUCAA